AUGUGGUGGUCAGCACGCAACCCGCCCACCGACCCUAAGACCUCCUUCGCAGGCAAAACCGUCCUCAUCACCGGUGCAAACGUCGGACUCGGACUCGAAGCUGCGAUCAAAUUCGCCCGUCUAGGCGCCUCCCGUCUGAUCCUCGGCGUCCGCUUCCUCCAGCGCGGUGAAGAUGCUAGAGCCCAAAUAUGCCAACAGGCAGGCUACAACGCUGCCAACGUGCAGAUAUACCAAGUCGACAUGAGCUCCUUCGAGUCCGUCAAGUCGUUUGCCAAGGCUAUAACCGAGGCGGAACCAACCCUCGAUAUCGCUGUCCUUAACGCCGGGAUAGCAGCAUCUUCAUACCAGCUCAGCCCAGACGGAUAUGAAAUGUCCCUACAGGUCAACGUCCUGUCCACUGCACUGCUCGCCGUCCUGCUACUCCCCAAGCUCCACCAAUCAGCCCAGACGAGCGGAUCUCCUUCUCAUCUCGAGUUUGUCGGCAGCGUGAGCCACCGCAUGGUCAACCCCACGGCCCUGGACGCCGUGGUCGACAAUCCCAGUGCAAGGCUCCUCGACUACGUCAACGACAAAGAAAAUUUUGGCGUUCAGGAAACAUACUGCAUGACCAAGCUCUUGCUCAUGUACGUCAUGGAGGGCCUCGUGUCAGCCACACGCCUCAACAACGUCGACGACGUGGUCAUCACGACGUGCUGUCCCAAUCUCUGCCGCACGAACCUCGGACGCGAUUUUGGCCACUUGAUGACCUUGGCCAACUCGAUGUUCCAGCGCGUCUUUGCGAGAACGGCUGAGGAGGGCAGUCGGAUUCUUGUCAGCGGGACAACGUUGGGAAAGGAUGCCCAUGGAAUGUUCUGGAGUCAUGAUGUGUUCGACAUGUGA